GUGGGAAGAUGGUGGGAGGCCCGUAGGACCAUGCACUGCAACAUGACAUGCUGCUGCUGUUUUCUGGUCUUGGUUUUUCACUGCGUCCUCCUGAGUACAGCCUCGGUGGCAGCUUGCCCAGCGCGCUGUGACUGCCUCCCCCAGAUCAAGUCCGUCAGCUGCCACCGCAAGCGCCUCACCACAAUCCCUGAGGGGAUUCCCACAGAGACCAAGAUCUUGGAGCUCAACAAGAACCGCAUCCGCUGCCUGAACUCGGGGGACCUGUCUCCAUUUCCACUAUUGGAGGAGCUGGACUUCAGUGAGAACAUCAUCACCAGUGUAGAGCCAGGUGCCUUCAGCAACCUCCUGAACCUGCAGGUCUUGCGCCUUCGUGGCAACCAGCUCAAGCUGCUCCCCCCAGGCGUCUUCACCAAGCUCUCCAACCUCACUGUCCUGGACAUCAGCGAGAACAAGAUUGUCAUCCUUCUGGACUACACAUUUCAAGACCUGAGGAGCCUCAGGUUCCUGGACCUUGGGGACAAUGACCUGGUUUAUGUCUCUCGGAAGGCCUUCUCCGGCCUCCUGGGCCUGCAGCAGCUGACAAUAGAGAAAUGCAACCUGACGGACAUCUCCGCAGAGUCGCUCUCUCGCCUCCAGAACCUACAGGCCCUUCGGCUCAGGCACCUGAGCAUUGCCACAGUGGAAGACCAAAACUUCAAGAAGCUUUGCAACCUCUGGCAGCUGGAAAUUGACAACUGGCCAUUCCUGGAGGACAUAUCGCCAAAUGGCUUCCAAGGACUCAACCUCACCUCACUCUCAAUCACGUACACAAACAUCACUGCCGUCCCAACAGCUGCCUUGAGGAACCUGGGGCACCUCAUGUACCUGAAUCUCUCCUACAACCCCAUCAGCACAGUCCCCAAGGGCGCCUUCCGGGACCUCAUCCGGCUCAGAGAACUCCACAUGGUGGGCGACUUGUUGGCCAUGGUAGAGCCCCAGGCGCUGUAUGGCUUGAGGCAAAUCCGCCUUCUCAAUCUCUCCAACAACUUCUUGUCCACUUUGGAGGAAAGCAGCUUCCACUCUGUCAACACGCUGGAGACACUCAGGGUGGACCGGAACCCCUUAGUCUGCGACUGCCGCCUCCUCUGGAUCCUCCAGCGCCGGAAGACGCUCAACUUCAAUGGCCAACCGCCAAUGUGUUCCUCACCACCCGAGAUCCAGGGUGAUGCCCUGCGCGACUUCCCAGACUCUGUGCUCUUUGAGUACUUCACCUGCCAAAAGCCAAAAAUCAGGGACCGGAAGCUCCAGCACAUCACUGCUCACGAAGGGCAGGCUGUGUCCUUCCUGUGCCGGGCGGAUGGAGAGCCCACCCCCUCCAUCGUCUGGGUUUCUCCUCAGCACCGGAUGAUCACCAUCAGGAGCACUGGGCGGGUCGCCGUCUUGCCCAGUGGGACGCUGGAGAUCCGCUACGCACAGGUCCAAGACAGUGGGACCUACAUCUGCAUCGCCAGCAAUGCCGGUGGCAACGACACAUACUUUGCCACACUGACCGUCAAGGGGCACUCAGCCAACGGAGCCCUUUAUGCAAACCGGACCCUGCACCUCAGUGACUUCAACGACACUUUGCACAACAACACACAGGUCUUCUUGAAGUUCACGCUGGACCUCAAGACUAUCCUGGUGUCCACUGCCAUGGGGUGCAUCACCUUCCUGGGCGUGGUGCUCUUCUGCUUCCUCAUCCUCUUUGUCUGGAGUCGAGGCCGUGGGCAGCACAAGAACCACUUCUCUGUGGAGUACUCCUUCCGCAAGGUGGACGGCCCAACCACAGCGGCUGGGCAAGGGGGCGCCAGGAAGUUCAACAUGAAGAUGAUCUGAACUGCUGGCAGGCUGGGAGGGGGGCCCUGCUGGGAACACCCGCAAGGAGAACCAAGUGGGCUGUGGGUGCUGCUGCCCCUCCUCUGCCAUCAGUUCAGUUCAACUUCAAGGGCUUAGACCAGGCAAGCAGUGAGCGUGCUGAGGGAUCUCUGCCACGCCACUCUUGCCAAGGGUGCCAUGAACCUAGUGGCAGCAUUGCCCAUCGUGGCUGGCCCAGCGCCAACACCCAGCAAGGUGGGGCAGACCCUGGCACCCUGGCAGAGCCUGCUGCUGCCACCAGAGCCUCCUAAUGCGGUUCGGCCGGGUGGUAGCAGCACUGGACAGAGCUCCAGCUCGCCUGGCAAGCACCAAGCGGCCACCUAGCACCGCCCUGGUCCUGAUGCUCGCACGUGGAUGGGAGCGGCAUCAUUAGCAGGGUGGGUUAGCACCAUCCACAUGCCGAGUGAGCUGGGAGCUCCUCCACUCAGUGCCACAGCCUGCGCUAUUCACUGGCAGGCACUGCAAGAGACUUCCCCCAGGCUGAAGGGUAGCACUGGCCAGGGGCUUCUGCCUCUCUCCCUUUCUCCCUGUCUCUGGGCUUCCACCCCCCACCCGAUGGACGGACAACGCGCUCCACGCACACAACACAGGGGGCUGUUCAGGUCUUUUUGCUGUAGCUGACUUUUGUUCUUUGUUUCAUCAACUAUGCAUCUCUCAAGUAACGGGAGCGUUACUCUUGGGCUUUAAAGAACCUCGCCUCUCUCUCAUUUUUCUAAGUGACAUAUUUGGAAAUCUCUGUUGAGCUGAGUGCUUGUUUUUAAACCAUUUAUACGCCUAACAGGUAUCUUCCUGUGCGGCUGAGGACUCCCAGUGCAGGGAGGGAAGAGGGAGACCAACCAACCUUUGCCCGCCAGACCAGAACCAGCAAGGUGGAGGCUAUGCUGGGGGAUACGCAGUGCCUUGUAAGAGCCCUGCCUAACAUUUUUAAUAAUAAUGAGGAGGAUGUUGGCAGACAACUGCCCUCCGUGCCGAGGCCCUCCUCAACAAAGCAAUAACCUGCUUCUUCCACUUGGCUGGCUGGGAUGGAGCCCAGCACACGGGACCCAAGAAGGCUGAGCUCUUGCACUGUGCACAAUCCCCCAAGGAAGGGCCAAGCUUUGAGAUGAGAGAGAGAGAGAGAGAGGUGUAAAGUGAAAUGUAGGCUUCCAUCUUCUUUUCAGUGAAUAAGGCUAGAAGGCAUUUGGAGGAGUGUUAGCUGAUUUAGUGGGGGAAGGAACACUUUGGACAGAAAUAAUCCAUUGCCACCUUUGAGCCCCACCAAGAGCCCCACUACAAGUCCUGGCGGCUUGAGGUGGACUCUGAGGAAGGCCAGGGGUGGCUGGACCAAGGCCAAGGCAGAGCAAGGGGUUGAGUUGCCCCAGCUAGGGAUGUAUACAAAGUGCUUUCUGCCAUCCUUACAACCUUCCUGUGAAGUGGGCAAGGUUGCAAGAAGGUGGCUGGCCCAGGGCAAGGAUGGGUGUGUUCUGGUGCCGAUUCUCCCAAAUAGACACAGCCCCAUGGCAGGUUCCAGUUGGGUCACCCUCCCCUUCCCCUCCUUGGCUGACAGAUUCCCAGUUGCAAAAGAAGCCUGAGCAGUCAGGAGCCGUUGGCGCCUUACAAGGACAGGGUCCCUUUCACGCCCUCCCUGCCUGCCGCACAGGAGAGGAGCAUCUUCCGAGGCUCUGCCUGCCAAGGGAAGUGGUGUGUGUGUGUGUGGUUGCACAUCCAUCCACGCAUGAGCUAGAAGAUUAUGCUUGUUGAUGAUAAUGUAUUAUUUGUGCUAAAUGAGGUUUCGGCUGACAUAUUUACUAGCAUCUGUUUUGGUUUCCAAUGAAAACACCAACUGGCAGGCAAGACUGGGAUCGUCCUGACAACAGGAAAUUAGUAUUUUAGAGAGCAAGGGAGGUCAGCAAUGGAGAAGUGCGCAUUUGCUUGCUGGGGUGGUGCUGAUUGGACCUUUCAGCGCAAGAGAUGUGGGGGCGUCUGGCAGCCAGAACUCCUCAAAGAUGCUGCUGGAUCAAUGCUAAUAAAAUAGAGGGAAGGCUGCCACUCAGUUCCGCUCUGUCUGUUCCUCCUCCCACCACCCGGUCUGCUCUAAAGGGUAGCACAAGGCUUGUGAAAGUUGGGGUCAGGGGACAGUGGGCAAUUGAAGAGCAUGCUAGAAAGACAGAAGCUUGGCUGGAGACAGACUUUGCAGGGGAAAUUCAACCCGCUCCCUGUGACCUCUUGGCAACAGAGACCUCUCGAAGCUCCCAGACAUGCUUGCCUGGCCCUUGAACAUUUGGCUCUCUUCCUCUCACCCAUCUGUAAAAUGGCAACAGUAGAUAAUUCAUGUAGCUAUUUUAAGGACCAACACAAUUGUGACUAAGAUUGCUGAAUACAUGGCUAAAUCCUGGCUUGUGGACUGCCGAGCGGAGAGUCCAAAAGUGGCUUCCUUUGCCAUGCUGGCCAGAGGGGACUGAGCAGCCAUGGAUUGUAUGUGUCUGGAGGCACCUUAAAGAUCAAGAUUUAGUGCGGCAUGAGUUUCCAUAGACCAAUUCAUUGAUGGCAUUUAUUUACUGCCUGGCCAGGGAGGUCCAAGCUGUGUACAUGUUUCUCCCCACACAGAUUUUAUCCUCACCAACACUGCGAAGUAGGCUAGGCUCAGAGGUGGAGUUUGGCCAAGGUGUCUACCGGCCUGGGGGCUGAAACUGUAUCUGCCCAGUCUGUGGCUCUUUAAACACCACACAACGUUGGCUCUUGGUGUCUAGAGACCACUAGCAUCAGACCACAAAGAUUUGAGCUGCAAUCAUGUGUUUGACAAAAGGGGGGCAGGGAAAGCAGUCAGCUUUGGGCAGAGUAGCCUGUGGCUCUCUGAGUUGGAGGCCAUGAAGAAAUCUAUUGUCAGUACCCACUCCACCUCCCUCUGCAUCUUCCGGACUUCUCUCCCCCUCCCCCUGCUCACUUCAAAUUCGACUUCUCCAACAGUCCCAAUCACUUGGUCCUUCCUUCCAUUUUGGUGGAAUAACACAGGUCAGAGAUGUAAGAUCUUACACAGGGAAGGGGCAAGGGGGAAAUCACAACCAUGAAACUAUUUCAUCCUUCCCCCCGCCCAAGAAAUAGGAAAGGACCCCAGCACUGAUUUUGAGGGUGGAUGAGAUUUGCUGGAGUUUGGGGUGGUGGGUGUUCAAAAAGCCAAGAGUGCGAAAAUCACUCACUGUCCCCAUGGAAUACCUUGUUUAUACAGAAUGUGCACAUUUUUUAAUACGUAUGACUGCAUGUACAAUACAGCAAUG